AAACUCGAUCCUCCGGUGCCCACGGUUCCGCCUGGGUUUCCGUGGCCCCAGGCUUCCUCUUCGGCUUCCGAUUGAGAAGUAUCCUGGAAUGGCUAUGGGUACCGUGGGCUUGGGGCUAGUGGACUGUCACUGCCAUCUCUCCGCCCCGGACUUUAACAGCGAUCUGGAUGAUGUGUUGGAGAAAGCCAAGAAGGCUAAUGUUGUGGCCCUUGUUGCGGUUGCUGAACAUGCAGGAGAAUUUGAGAGGAUUAUGCAACUUUCAGAAAGGUAUACUGGAUUCAUCCUGCCAUGUCUGGGAGUUCACCCAGUUCAAGAACUUUCACCAGAAAAACCAAGAAGUGUAACAUUAAAGGAUUUGGAUGUGGCUUUGCCUAUUAUUGAGAAUUACAAGGAUCGGUUGUUGGCAAUUGGAGAGGUGGGACUAGACUUCUCCCCCAGAUUUGCAGGCACUGAUGAAGAGAAGGAAGAACAAAGACAGGUCCUGAUCAGACAGGUCCAAUUGGCCAAAAGACUAAAUGUGCCUUUAAAUGUGCACUCACGCUCUGCAGGAAGACCCACCAUCAACCUCUUACGUGAACAAGGUGCUGAACAGGUCCUGCUGCAUGCAUUUGAUGGUCGGCCAUCGGUAGCCAUGGAAGGAGUAAGGGCGGGUUACUACUUCUCAAUUCCACCGUCCAUCGUGAGAAGUGGACAGAAGCAGAAGCUUGUGAAACAGCUGCCUUUAAGCUCUAUCUGCUUAGAGACAGAUUCACCUGCACUGGGACCAGAAAAACUGACACGGAACGAGCCCUGCAACCUUUCCAUUUCAGCAGAAUUCAUUGCCCAAGUGAAAGGGAUCUCAGUGGAAGAAGUCCAAGAAGUGACGACACAGAAUGCAUUAAAACUGUUUCCCAAGCUUCAGUACCUGCUCCAGAAAUAGCUUCAAAACCACCCACUGCCCGGCCAAGUCAGCUCAGGGCAGCACUGGGGAAAGCGAGCGUUUGCUUUAAUGGUCUGACACGAAGAAGCCGGUCUAUAUGGAUAGCAGUCACAGUUUUACAGAAGUGUUUCUCUUUAAAACAAAUUCUGGGCUGGAGACGGUGCAGCCACUCAUUUGCGGCUCUUCCAGAGGACGCAUGCAGUUCCAGCACCCACAGUAGGUGGGUUGCAACUGCCUGCAACUCCAUCCAACUCCAGAAGAUGCAGCCCCUGGCCUCCUCUGGCACUAGUACACAUGUGGCAUAACUCUACACAGACACACAUAAACAUAAGUAUUAAUAAUUUCUAAAAACUUUAUAAAAAGAGAUUUGGCUUGGCUGCUGAAACGCUGGGUUCCAACUUUCAAUUAGCCAAGUCCUGGAGCAGCCUGGGAAAACACCACAGACAUGCUAGCUUCUGGAGUUAUUGCCCACUUGAGGGGAGGAAAGCAUCAAGGGACCCCCCCAAUCCUGCUUUUCCCCACGUAAUAGGCUUAUAGAAGAUGCUCCACGGAGUGGGAGAGCAAUGGAAGAGAUACCUAGAUAGAGGGAGACAUCAUGG